AGGGGGCGGGGGCCCAUGUGACCGGCUCAGACCGGUUCUGGAGACAAAAGGGGCCGCGGCGGCCGGAGCGGGACGGGCCCGGCGCGGGAGGGAGCGCAGCACCGCGGGCAGCGAGCGAGAUGCAGCACCGAGGCUUCCUCCUCCUCGCCCUCCUCACCCUGCUGGCGCUCACCACCGCGGUGGCCAAAAAGAAAGACAAAGUGAAGAAGGGCGGCCCGGGGAACGAGUGCGCGGAGUGGACCUGGGGGCCCUGCACCCCCAGCAGCAAGGACUGCGGCGUGGGUUUCCGCGAGGGUACCUGUGGGGCCCAGACCCAGCGCGUCCGGUGCAGGGUGCCCUGCAACUGGAAGAAGGAGUUUGGAGCCGACUGCAAGUACAAGUUUGAGAGCUGGGGAGCGUGUGAUGGGGGCACAGGCACGAAGGCCCGCCAAGGCACCCUGAAGAAGGCGCGGUACAAUGCCCAGUGCCAGGAGACCAUCCGCGUGACCAAGCCUUGCACCCCCAAGACCAAAGCCAAGGCCAAAGCCAAGAAAGGGAAGGGAAAGGACUAGCGGCCAGGUCUGGAUGCCAAGGAGCCCGGGGCCCGUGCCCUCCCUCCCACGGGGCCAAGAUCGAACCUACCAGUGCCUUUUGUCUACUCAUUAGCUUUAUCAAUCAUACCCUGCUUCUUCCCUUUCACUUCUCCACCCCCAAGUGUCCCAAAUGGGGAGGAACAAGGGACUGUGGACCACUUGAGCCUCCUGCCCCAGAGGGAUGUGAUUCCCGGUACCCCCUUUUGUCCUUCCCCACAAAGAUGCCAUUACUAAGAAACAAAUAAACCGUUGUGUUUUUUUCCCCCCAAUAAAAGCUUUUCUUUUAAUAUAUAAAA